GAAAGAUCUAAGGUUUGGUUUCCAUCAAUUAGCAGGUUGGAUGAAACUCAUUUUCGUCACGGAAGAGAUAAGUAUUUCCAUCUCUUUAAAAUCUUCUUUUGUUGAUCCGUUUAUUUGAACUCUUUGUUUAAUUUCUUGCUAACUUUUGUAGGAAAUAAGUACAGAUUAAAAGUUUAGGCUAGUUACAGUGGUUACGCUAGUGGGGGUUUUGGGUAGUGACUUCACACAUUUCGGAAGUAACCAAAACUAGAUACAAUAAGAAUAACCAAGUCUUAAUUGAAACUCCUAAAUUAGAAACCAAUAACACCCAGUAAGAGAUGCUGAUAUAAGAAGCUAUGAUUGUUAGUCCAUGAUAAGUUUAUUCAAAUGCCAGUUACCAGUUUCAUGAAGGACUAGAUUUCUUGUUGUCAUUUAUCUAGGCACCUCUUCUCAUGCCAAAACUAUUCUGCCCCUUUUUCAAUACCCUCCAUAAGUUUUUAUAGCCGUAUUAUCUACUAGGUAAUUUCAUUAUGUAUGGAGCAUAAUGUAUUUUCUCAAAUAAGUGUCCAAAAUGAGUAACCUUUUAAAUUUAGUUAGCUCAACAUAUAUAAAUUAAAAAAUAUAGCUAGAAUUUAUGUUUUCUAACUCCCUGUUUGGGAAGAGUGUUUUCGAUUAGCGUUAGCGAUUUAGAUAAAAUUUUAGUGGUGUAGAUUAACUUUGAAAAUGCUAACGCUAAAGUCUACCGUCGGAUAGUCUUUUCAAAACACUAAUGCUAAUGUCAAAUGCCGAUGCCAAACGAGACCUAACUCGUGUACUUUUUAGUAAAAUUAAUUCGUGUACCUUUAAUAAUCCCUUCUAGAAAUGUACACAACAAUAUUCCCAUUUUGUUAAUAAAUACACAAAAAUAGACCUUGAGUUAACAAAAAAAUCUUUCCUUGUUGCAUGUUUACAAAUGCAUAUACACUUAGAGCAUGUACUUUAUGAAAUUUAUGAAAUCGAUGUAUGCACAUAUAAUCAUUGCAUAAUAAUCAUUUCCUUGCUAAGAGAAAUUUUCUUUUUUGUUUCUAACCAAUGAAAGAAUAAAAUCAAAAUUUUAAAAAUGAAAGUGCAGAAUUUAUUAUUUUAUGAGUAUUAAGUGUGCACAUUUUAGAAUUGAGGGAGUCUAAAAAGACAUCACUUCAUUUAGUAUAAAAUUCCGACACCAGUUCAAUUGAGACACUUAUGGUACUCUGAUCGUAAUAUUGAUAUGGUCGUAAAAUUGAUAAGAGCAAGGACAUGCUCUAUGUAAUACUACCUUCAUCCCUGAGUAUUUGUUCAAUUUGGACUUUUUUGGUCAACUGUUUUCAAUAUUUGACCUAUAAUUUAAUAAAAUAUUUAUCGUAUAUUAAUUAAAUAAAAUAAUAUUUUGAAAAUAUUUGAUACAAUAAAUCUAAUAAAUUUAUUUUUGUAUCAAUAUCUAAUAUCAUUUUUGUUUAAUUUGUGGUCAAAGUAUACCAAUUUUGACCCAAAAAAAGUCAACAAUGGACAAGUACGAGGGACAAAGGGAGAGUGCGUUUUGGGUUCUUUCUUUCUAAAUUAUUCAUGAACACACCUGCAUUCAUUGCUAUUGUUUUUUGCAUACAUAAGGUUUCAAGUAGUGUGUGUAUUGAAGAGGAAGUCAUUUUAUCUGUGGGUGGGUCUAAUCCUUUGAUAUUUAUGAUUAAAAAAAGAUGUGGCCAAUGAGGGUUCUCUCUCAAGAUUCUCAACAAAAGAAAGUUCUUGAAUGUUCAAUGUUUUGAAAGAAUUAAGGCACAUGGAUUUAAAAUUAAGCUUUGUUAUUAAUGAGAAGAAUUUGAUUCAAAUCCAAAUUCAAAAUUUGAGAGUUUUUCAAACAUGAAAUUUGAGCCAAAUCCGGAUUUGAAAUCCAAAUUCAUGUUCCCAAACAUACCAUAAAAUUAUUCUUACGUAACCUUUUUAAGAAGACUUGAAUAUUACACAUAAAUGUAACUCCAAUAACCAAAUAUUAACUCUCAUGCUAUUAUGCUAAGUUAUGGAGUUUUUUAGUGUCACUGCAAAUCUAUAACUUAAAAAUUUAAAACUUCUAUAUGUGAAUAUUACGCUUCGAGUUGCACAUCUUAUUUGUCCGAAAAAACGUUUUCAUUUGGCCUAAAAAGAUAUAAAUGUCCCUACUUUUCUUAAAUCUAAGCUAACAUUUCCCAAUUAGUUUUUACGUCCUACUCAUUUUAGCUCCCUUCAAAUCCUACAUGUUUCGGUUGUCGUCGUUUGAUCUUGCUCAAACUUUAAUAGUUUCCCUUCCAAAAAAUUAAUACAGGAAAUGUUUUGUGGGAUAAAACAAGUAUUUAUUUCAGUUUUCUCCUAAAUGAACAAUAUAUUGUUUUUUUAUAUGGCGUCUCAUCUCGAAUAGGGUCUUCCACACCCAAACUCGUCGUAAAAGUUAAAUUGGGUUUGAAUCUUCGAUGGGCCGAACUCGUAAAAUAGCCGACAAACCCAUGUUGAAGUCGGGUUUAAGUCUGACCCAUUGUUGGGCCAAGCUAGUCUCUAUGCUCUUGGAUUGAAUUCAUUCUUUGUUUUUAUAGAGUUUAAGAAAAUUGUUGAAAUUUGAAAAGUAUCUUGUAUACAUUUGUUUGGAAGAUAAAUAUCUUGAGCCAUCUAUUCUUUCUUGAAAAAGAAGGGAAAGAAGUGUGAACUUUAUCUUGGGAUGGAUAAAAAAGACCAUGAAUUUAAUUAGAGACACAAAUAGAGUACAUGCAUGCCUCUAUGUGAUGAGUUUCUAUACUUGUACAUCAUCGAAAUUAAUACUCCCUCCGUCCCAGAAAAUAUUUCUUAUUUUGAUUUUUUUUCGGCCAAACAGUGACACUCUUUAAACAUAAAUUAAACCUAAUCUAAAUAAAAAAUGUUAUAAACAUUUGAUAUAUCAAAACUAUAUCCUAAGAUGAAUUCAAUUAUAUUGAAUUUAUAUUAUAAUGCAAUAUACUUUCUCACAAUUUGUAGUUAAAACGUAUCACUGUUUGACCGAAAAAAGUCAAAAUGGGAAGUGUUUUGUGGGACGGAGGGAGUACUAUUUUUGUCCCAGUUUACUCGUCCAGUUUGAUUUUUUCGAGUUGAAUUUGAUGAGUUUUGGACUUCAAUUAGAGAAAAAAAUUUUAUUAUACUCUGUAUUUAGUAUGUAAAAAUAAUUUGAUUAGAUUCAUCUUGUUGAGAACUUUAAAAAUUUGACUUCGUUGUAUUGAUAUGCAAUAUUAAUUAAGAGUAAUUGAUGAUUAAAAUUUAUUCUAUUUGACUCAAAAGAGUGAAACUAGAAGGAUAUGAAGGGAGUAAGUUAUACAUUGGUGAAAAAUGAAAUUUUUAAUGGGAUGGAUGUAUAUAGAGUCUUGGAUUGUCUUGGUAUAUGAAGAUGAAUGUAGACAUUUAGUAUUAAAGAGGUUGCAAGAAAUAUUUGGAGCUAUUUCUUGUUCCAUGGCGAUGUGGUUUACUGUAAUUAUGUUUAUAUUAGAGAAAAAACAAAAUUCCAACUAACCCCCCUCCCAAUGUUUAUAAAAAUUUAUUCUUUUUCUCCCGCAUUAUUAAAAGUAAAAUCUUAGCGCUGUACGUUUACUUAUCUCCAUCAACCACUACGCCGAAUCACCAUUUUCUUCUACGAUAACAUCAACGUUGUACGUUUACUUAUCUGCCAACCUGGUUCAACUUCAGUGCACUCAACACGUCGAGGUUGAUAUUCAUUUUGUCCAGGACAAAGUAGCACUUGGCCACAUGCGGGUCCUUCAUGCCCCGUAUUCCUUCCAGUUCAAUGUUAUCUUCACAAUAGAAUUACCGUCCCUUCUCUUCGCCGACGUGGGGGUGAUCUCUUGCAUUAAUCAAGCGCAUAUUAUACCAUUCUUCACUAAGAUCCACUAUUUUUGGUCACAAAAUUGUAUGAACCUUAUACAGAGGAAUGUGACAUUUAUUGCAUUGUACUUGCUCACCAACAACAGCAUACAUAAGAACCAUCAACAAUGGAGAAGGAAAAAUCAGGAAUAUCACCCAAAAAUGCAGGCUGCACCACUUGUGAUAAUAGAAGAUUCGUAACUCCGAUUGACGUGAAAAUUGAGUAGAUUGAAGUCCGAUGUAUUGGGAACACUCUCUGAAAAUUUCAGCUAAAUCCAACGGUUGGAUCUUUGGCGAUGGUCAAAUUCGUGCAGGCUGUCCAGAAAAUGUGCACUUUCUUUCUUUCUUUUUGUUCGGAUCUGCUUCUGUUAUUUCGUACUCUCGCACGCCAAAACUGUAUGGGAAGGUGAAGAUAAUAUAUGGAAUAGAAUAACCUUGUUAGAGUGUACUUAGGAUUCUCAACCAUGGCUUCCUCCUCAAGAAAAGUAAACCAAGUAG